UGGGAGGAAGGGUGUGCUGCUGUUGCAGCUCUGCUGUUGUGCUGUUUUAACAUACAACAGUCUCUGAAGUAUUCUAGACUCUGCAGUGUGCAAGAGUGCCAGUAGUAAUUCAAAUUGAUUAUGCUUGAGGCUGUGGAAGGAAACAGGCAGUUUUUGGAUGACUUCUUCAGCGAAGAUGAAGAAAAAUGUUUUGGUGCCAUAGAGCGUCUGAGGAACCUGGUGAUUGGCAGCAACCGCACCAAGACUCAUGUGGUCGAGUGCGGGAUGGUGCCGCACCUCCUCCGGCGGUUGGCCGACCCGUCCAUCGGUACCAGGGUGCAGGUCGAGAUUCUGGUGACGCUCGGCUCUCUGGCCAAGGGUACGCGGGAGCACGCGCAGGCGCUGGUGUCUGCCGGCGUGCUGCCGCUGCUGGUGGACGGCCUGCGCGCCGGCGUGCCGCAGCUGCGCACCCCGCUGCUGCGCUGUCUCCGCUCGCUGCUGCUGCAGCUGCCGGACAGCGCCGACGAGCUGUGCCGCGACCCGUCGGCGGUGCCGCUGCUGACGCGCUGUGUGACGGGCGCCGCGCGCGACGACGAGUGCACGGCCACCGUGCUGGCGCUGCUGUGCCGCGGCGCCGCGCGCCAGGAGCUGCUGGCCGCCAGCGGCGCCGUGGACGUAUCGGCCGCGCUGCUGGCCUCAGAGGCGGCCGCUGUCCGUCUGCCCAGUCUGCGCCUGCUGGCCUCACUCUGCUACCGACAUCGGGCCAUCUCGGAGAGGGUGGCGCGGUGUACACUGGCCGGCCGGCCGGUGCCGGACGUGCUCACUCUGCUCACGGCCCGCGACCAGCCGAGCGGAGUGCAGCUGGAGGCGGCGCGGUGUCUGUGCUACAUGCACCGCGCCGGCGCCGCCUCGCUCCCCGCCGGCGACCCGCGCCUCGUCUACCGCGCCCUACCCUGCCUGGUGCGAAUGUGCGCCGCUCAUCAGACGCUGGAGGAACGCGUGCUGGCCGCCGACACGCUCGGCUACCUCACCGAAAACCGAUCUGGCGUCGCCGUGCAGCUGCAGCGAAUCUGCGCCAUCACGGAUCACGUGACUGCCACGAUGGUCGAGUACCUGCGCUACAAGCCGACCACCUCACACCCGAACACACGCUGCCACCAGCGGCGCAUGGCCGGAGAGAUGAAAAAGGCGGCUUUCCGCGUGUUCGCCUCUCUGGCCUCCAACGACGAGGAGAUUCGUAAGCGUAUCGUGGAGAGCGCCGGCCUGAUGUCGGACCUGGUGGCGGCCGUGGAGGGCGACUGUCCGAGCCUGCAGCUGGCUGCUCUCCGCUGUCUGCUGUCGCUCUCCCGCUCAGUGCAGACGCUCCGUACUGCCAUGCAGGAUCAUGCCGUCUGGGAGCAGGUGCUCAACAUUGCCAAGAACAGGGCGGCUCCCGCUGAAGUGCGGGUGGUGGCCUCGUCUACGCUCUGUAACCUGCUCCUCGAGUUCUCACCCUCAAAGGAACCGCUGAUGCAGAGCGGUGGCGUGGACCUGCUCUGUGAGCUGACCCGCAGCGAGGACCCCGACAUCCGACUGAACGGCAUCUGGGGACUGAUGAACCUAGCCUACCAGGCGGACCAGCGGGCCAAGCGGGCCGUGCUGCGCCGACUGGGCGCCAGCGAGCUGUUUCGGCUGCUAUCCGACCCGAGCCCGGCCGUGCUGAUGAAGACACUGGGCCUGCUGCGUAACCUACUGACCCGGCCGCACGUCGACCAGUUCAUGGACGAGACUCAGGGGCCGCAGGUGAUGCAGGCGAUUGUCCUGACGCUGGAGGGCGACCACCCGGCCGAGCUGAAGGAGCAGGCGCUCUGCAUUCUGGCCAACAUCGCCGACGGCUCCAGCUCCAGGGAGUUCAUCCUCAGCAAUGAGGACGUGCUGAAGAAGCUGAUGAACUACAUGAUGCACUCCAGCCUGCGUCUGAAACUGGCCGCCGUCCUGGCCGUCAACAACCUGGUGUGGCGCGGUGACGGCGGAUGUCGGGAGCGACAGACCCGUCUGCGCCGGCUCGGCGUGCACAAACUGCUCCACCAGCUGCAGGCUGCUGAUGACCCUCUGCUCUGUGAGAGGGUGAAAAACGUUCUCCAACAGUUCAACUAGACGGAGAGACUUCGCCAGCUCUGAGAGGGAAGAAUGGCGUCGCCAGCUAUGCAGUCAUGCGUUGUGCCAGAGCUUUAGGCCAGCUACAGCCGUCGUUUUGCUGCCCUCGGCUCGCGGUACGAAGCCGUCGGUCGUUGUUUUGUGCUACACAGUCAGACAAAAGUGGAUAUUUUAAGGUAGGAGACCUGUGUUCUUUUUGUGGUGGGUGGUGUGUGGAAGCGCUUCAGAGGCAGCAGCAGCGACCUGAAGAACUCAGCUCAGAACAGUCACCAGCCAACAUGGAUACCUAACGUUCAUUUUGAUUUGAGAGAACUGAUGAAAUACGUAUGGGAAUGCGCUUAGUAUGCACUUAAGGACAAGAGGAAUGUCAAUAUAGAAUAUGUCGGCAGCCUUCACGUCCUAGCCUCGGUGUCGAUUUAUAUGCUUUUUGGCGAGUCUCCAUGAUCUCCUCUUCAAUGUUAUUGAUUUUGUCUCGAGUAGGCAGAUUAUGCCGACAAGAGUGUCCUAUGCUCUCUUUUCGAACAGUCGCUGUGCGAAAGUACCAGGUAACAGACAAACCUCUUCACCAUGAAGUACGAUCAGUAAGCGCACCACUCACUCUCCACUAUCAGUCAACAGGUCUUGUCCGAGGCAAGGUUACACGAUAUCAAAUGUCAGGCUAAUUCACACUUUCUGACGAAACAGCCUUAGCUCGUGUAAUGGAAAUGAACCAUGGCGCUCGGAAAUCAAAAGCAAGUUCUUUGCGAUUAUUGCUGUAUUUUAUCCUUCAAAUUGACAUAAAGGUCAAUGAUGUUUUGAAAGCCUUUGGAUGUUUGAGUGAACUGGCUACUUGCAACAAUUUUGGAUAUAGCGAUUGUAAGUAAUUGAUCGUAGGUGGGUACAAGCCCUUGUGGCUCAUGUCAUGUUAGCUACAUGCAUAUAAUAGUGUAAAAAGUCAGUUUCAAAAGAGGAACUCGGUGGAAUUAUUAAAGAAGUUAUUUUUAUUUUAGUUAAUCGUCUUGAUAUUUUUAUUUCUAAGAAUAGGAGGAUCGAUAGUUGGGAACACCAUGACAUGUCCUUUGUAGUAAGCCGUUAACGAGAAGGAAGAAAUAAGUGGCCAAAAUCUGAUGAAGAAUCAUUACUUGGAGUCUAGUGAUGUUAAGAUUUACGUUAUUAGGAUAGUCCACAUGGCUCGCCCCUAAAUCAUUUUGAGAAAACGAUUUCCUCGUUUUUAUAUCCAUAAUGUGUAGAACUGGAAUGUUGUUCUUCGAAGCUGCCGAUUUAUUUUGCUUCAACAUCUCAUAGUCAGGAUUAAUUCGUCCAAACAUUUGCCCUUUUUUCGUACACAUGUAUUGAAUGUUUUACUUUUUAUAAAGUCGGUCAGUCAACGUUUGA